AAUUAGUCAACUGAGGACAAGCAUGCAGAACUGUGUUAUCAUAAUGACCUUUGCUACCAUUUCUCAACAAAGAUGCCUGUAAAUGUUAGUUACCGAAAGGUUAUGUGACACUGGACUGUUGAGCACGACCCGUAACUCAUAUUGGUAAAAAUCUAGUAAUUGCAGCUAGCUGGAAGCCUCUCUGUACAUUGUAUAGUACAGUAUCAAGGACAGGCUGUUGGUAAACAAACAGUCAAACAUCAGGAUGGGAAGAGACUCUUACUUAGCUGUGAUUUUCAUCUGUUUGGUUUCCAGUAGCAGGAUAUCUGGACAGUCAUGUGAAGGAAAAUGUGGUGGCAAAUUAGAAUCCUGUUCUUGCCAUGCCACUUGUAUAUCCCUCAAAAACUGCUGUGCGGACUAUGGGGAGUACUGUGUCGAUGUCACUCCAUAUUCCUGAUCAAUAUUUGGUGGAACUGACUUUGUUGUCCUCAAAGCAACUUUUAAUGAGAGCUCCCAAAUAAUCUGCAGGUUCAAUGAUGAAAUCAAAACGGUGGGCUAUGUGGACACAGACAGCAGAGGCCACUGCAUAUCACCUCUACUGUACGAAACAGGGUUUGUUCCUCUUCAGAUCUCUACAGACAAUGGUACAACCUUCAGCAGACAUGGAGCUUGGUUAUCAGUCCAUCCUGGAAAGUUACAUCCUAGUUUCAAAGCUACUAUAAUCAAUGCAACCCAGUGGCAGUACUAUGGCACCCCAAAGGUUGGAGGCCCGCUGGACAUGACAUGGAACACCUCACAGGUCAGAGCAGAAAAGGUCAACAUAGAGCUCUGGGGAUACAUGGAGAAAGGGGAUCCCUACUCAGAGUCCUGGCAGGGUAAAUGGGAGUACCUGUAUUCUCUUGGGAGGGACCAGCCUAACAGUGGUGCCUUUAGAUUUGUGCCCAAGACAGCAGGGAAGCCUUUCUCAGACUGGGAGGUCGGCUGUCUACGCAUCAGCCCCAGUACUCACCCAGAUGGAACAUGGAAUGUCCAGGCAGUGUGGACUGAUGACCAUGCUCUAGCCUGGCAUCUGGAGGACAAGUUCAGGCAGGACUCAGCCGUCUGGGCACUGGAUAAGUGUAAAGCCUGGGACCAGCUGGAGGAGACACUGCCAGACUUCCUCUCUGAAAUGAUUGACUGUCCAUGCACACUGGCUCAGGCUAGAGCAGACACUGGGAGGUUUCAUACAGAUUAUGGCUGUGAUAUAGAGAAGGGGAGUGUGUGUACCUACCACCCAGGAAGUGUGCACUGUGUGCGGGCCAUACAAGCCAGCCCCAAGUUUGCAGCAGGACAGCAGUGUUGCUAUGACCACACGGGAGCCCAGGUUUUGACAGAUGACUCCAUUGGCGGGAGUACCCCAGACAGAGCCCAUGACUGGGGCUCACCCCCGUUUGUAAAGCCCCCCAGAGUCCCUGGGUUCUCCCACUGGGUCUACGACGUCCUCAGCUUCUACUACUGCUGCCUGUGGUCUGACAACUGUCACUACUACUUCAAACACAGACCCUCCAGUGACUGCAGGACCUACCAAGCACCAAAAGCAGGUGUGGUGUUUGGAGACCCCCACUUCAUAACAUUUGAUGGCGUCAGUUACUCCUUCAAUGGAAAGGGGGAAUACACCAUUAUGGUCUCAGAAAGCAAGGAACUGACAAUACAGGGCAGAACAGAGCCGGUAAUACUGACAAAUGGCAGCAUGGUGAAAGCAACAAAGCUGUCAGCGGUUGCCAUGAGAGAGGGGACCUCUGACAUCAUUGAGGUGCGACUCGGCAACCCUCAGGACCACCUACAGGUGCUGCAGAACCAAACCUCCCUCUCCUUCUCUGAGCAGAGCUGGAUGGAUCUGAAGGGUGUGUUUGUAUUUUCGCCCAACCCUACAAAUGUGACUGUCAUGUUCCCCUCUGGAGCUGGAGUGGAACUGAGACUGCGAGGGGGAACCAUGACAACCACAGUGCUUCUACCGGAGGUGUUUAAGGAUAUUACCGGUGGACUGUUAGGAAAGAUGAACGGUGAUCCCAAAGAUGACCUGGUUACCAGUGAUGGUCAGACUGAGUCUGAUCAAGGCAAUGCAGAGGGGCUGUUUAAUUUCGGGGAAAGCUGGGCUAUAUUGAACGAGUCCACGCUCUUCACGUACGAUUCGGAACACUUGUUGAACUCAUAUCUCCAUGCUCCAAAACACGACGCCAGUUUCCGUCCAGUGUUUUCCAUCCCUGAGGAUCCUAAUGAUCCUCUUGACAGCCAGGCCUCUGAGCUGUGCUCUGGAGAGGGCUCUCUGUACUGUAGAUAUGAUACGCUGAUGGCUCGUAGUCUGGAGAUGGGCAAUGCCACCAGGGUAUCUUUUCAGAGCCACAGGUCUGUAGUGGAGGAUCUAGAGCCAGUGGUGUCCUGUGGCUGGCUUUCUCCACCCACAAAUGGAAAGAAGGACGGGACCAGAUAUUUACAGGGAGCUGUGGUGAAGCUGUCCUGUGACUCUGGCUAUCUCCUCUGGGGGUCAGAGGAGCACACAUGCCUGGGGACUGGUCAAUGGUCUGGUGAAACCACGACCUGCGUGGCUGAUAAUCUCAGGGGAAUUGUGGUUGGUUCAGUUAUUGGAGCACUAGCAUUAAUCCUAAUGAUAGUAACACUCGUAAUCAACAGCAGGCAACAUAAAAGAGAAACUGCAGCGUCUGCUGUGUCAGAUGAUGGACAAGAUCAGAUCAGUGUGGUUUUAUAGUAGACAUUCUGCAGGAUCCAGACAUCUCUCUUUACAGCCACUUCUACAGUACAUAGAAUAGUUGGUUUAAGAAUACCAGCACAGAGAAUGACUGCGUCACAGAAAGCCUCGACUGUCUCACAGAAAGCCUUUCAGUAACCUUCAGUACUAGGCUAUAUUCUUCAAUAGACACACUCCAUAAAUGUUUGUAUGUAACCCACUUUUGCAUAAAGGACUCAGAUAUGUGUCAAGGUUAGAGUUGCAAACAUAUACAUUUAUUCUACUGCUGAUAGUGAAAACAGAGUUAAUUGCACCAUAAUGUAUCUAGUUAUAUGGCAAAUCACAAUACCUGUUGAUUUAAAACAGUACUGUACUUAAUGACAUGCAUAAAUCCACACUUCUAACUCUGUAAUGCAAAAUAUGAAUGUAUGGCAUGUAAUAAUAUCAGCAAUGAAAUUCAUGAUAUCUCUUCCACUACCAUACUAAUAAACUCUAUCACUGUACACUCACGGUA